AUGGCGCGGUUCGCUCAAGGGCUUCCCGCUCAUCUCUGGAUUGCAGUUCUAAUAUCACUGAGUUAUUCAUGCUUCACUUGGUUUCUUCGAAUUUAUGCGAGAGUUGGCUACUAUGGAAUAGACGAUGUCGCUAUCACCGUUGCGCAUGUAAGAGAGCCAGAGGAAGUGGUUGGGCCUGAGCACCUGACGAUCAGNGCGGUCGUUGCCAGCCAGAUAUUCUUUCUUCUCACCAUGGGACUGACGAGCCUUUCCCUAACUCUGCUCAUGAGGAGGAUAUUCUCGACGAACACAAAACACAAACUUGGAUCUUACGUUCUACUGGGCGUAAUUUCAGCAUGGCUCGUCAUUGCAGUCGCUACUGUCAAGUCGAAUUGUCCUUCAACGCAUAUACUCGAAGGACAGGAACACACAUGUCCUAAUGCCGUAUAUCGAUGGAGAGCAAUCUUUGCAAUCACGAUUUGCAUCGAGGCUGCUGUGAUGGGCCUGCCUGUCUAUCUUGUCAGCCAUCUUCGGAUCAAAAUCAGCAAGAAAAUGCUCGUGGUCUCUGCUUUUGCAUACCGAAUGCCGUACGUAGUCGCUCGCGUCUGCCGUAACAUUGGUUACUGA